CAGGCCGGACUUCUGAAAGUCGAACGAGCUCCGGGUUUUGGAAAUGCUGGAGGGAGAAGCCCCUCGGAGAUGAGCGUGACCCCCUGGCUCGUGGUGGCCGCCUCUUACGCCAUGGCGCGGACCAGAGUGAGAAACCGGUGUCUGUUGCCGACUGCAAAGUGAGCGAGAAGAAAGCAGCGGGUUGUCCCAGCCCUACAUGGAGCCCCGCGGAGACCUCGAGACGCCCCGCGGGGAACCUCCUGGCCCCGGGGGACGGGGGACUGAGGACGAGGCCCUGGGCGAAGAAUCGGGGGAGCGGUGGAGCCCCGAGUUCCAUCUGCAAAGGAAAUUGGCGGAGAGCAGCCACAGUGAACAGCAAGAUCGAAACAGAGUUUCUGAAGAACUUAUCAUGGUUGUCCAAGAAAUGAAAAAAUACUUCCCCUCGGAGAGACGCAAUAAACCAAGCACUCUAGAUGCCCUCAACUAUGCUCUCCGCUGUGUCCACAGCGUGCAAGCAAACGGUGAGUUUUUCCAGAUUCUCAGUCAAAAUGGAGCACCUCAGGCAGAUGUGACCAUGUACAGUCUUGAGGAGCUGGCCACUAUUGCUUCAGAACACACUUCCAAAAACACAGAUACCUUUGUGGCAGUAUUUUCAUUUCUGUCUGGAAGGUUAGUGCACGUUUCUGAACAGGCUGCUUUGAUCCUGAAUCGUAAGAAAGAUGUCCUGGCGUCUUCUCACUUUGUUGACCUGCUUGCCCCUCAAGACGUGAGGGUAUUCUACGCGCACACUGCCAGAGCUCAGCUUCCCUUCUGGAACAACUGGACCCAAAGAGCAGCUCCACGGUAUGAAUGUGCUCCAGUGAAACCUUUUUUCUGCAGGAUCCGUGGAGGUGAAGACAGAAAGCAAGAGAAGCGUCACUCCCCAUUCCGGAUCAUCCCCUAUCUGAUUUAUGUACAUCGCCCUGGCCAGCCAGAAUCGGAAUCGGAACCUUGCUGUCUCACUGUGGUUGAAAAGAUUCACUCUGGUUAUGAAGCUCCUCGAAUCCCAGUGAAUAAAAGAAUCUUUACCACAACACACACCCCAGGGUGUGUGUUUCUUGAAGUAGAUGAAAGAGCAGUGCCUUUGCUGGGUUACCUACCUCAGGACCUGAUCGGAACAUCGAUCCUAAGCUACCUGCACCCUGAAGAUCGUUCUCUGAUGGUUGCCAUACACCAAAAAGUCUUGAAGUAUGCAGGGCAUCCUCCCUUUGAACAUUCUCCCAUUCGAUUUUGUACUCAAAAUGGAGACUACAUCAUACUGGAUUCCAGCUGGUCCAGCUUUGUGAAUCCCUGGAGCCGGAAGGUUUCUUUCAUCAUUGGUCGGCAUAAAGUUCGAACGAGCCCACUAAAUGAGGAUGUUUUUGCUACCAAAAUUAAAAAGACGAACAAUAAUGACAAAGACGUAACAGAAUUACAAGAACAAAUUUACAAACUUCUCUUACAGCCAGUUCACGUGAGUGUGUCCAGCGGCUAUGGGAGCCUGGGGAGCAGCGGGUCACAGGAGCAGCUUGUCAGCAUCGCCUCCUCCAGUGAGGCCAGCGGGCACUGCGUGGAGGAGACAAAGGCAGAGCAGAUGACCUUGCAGCAGGUCUAUGCCAGUGUCAACAAAAUUAAGAAUCUGGGUCAGCAGCUCUACAUCAAGUCAAUGACCAAAUCAUCAUUCAAGCCAGUGACGGGGACACGCACAGAACUGAAUGGUGGUGGUGAGUCAGCGAAUGAUGGUGGUGAAUAUAAAACCUUUACUUCCUUCCACCAAACACUGAAAAAUAAUAGUGUGUACACUGAGCCUUAUGAGGAUUUGAGGAACGAUGAGCACAGCCCAUCCUAUCAACAGAUCAACUGUAUCGACAGUGUCAUCAGAUACCUGAAGAGCUACAACAUUCCAGCUUUGAAAAGAAAGUGUAUCUCCUGUACAAAUACAACUUCCUCCUCCUCAGAAGAAGACAAACAGAACCACAAGGCAGAUGAUAUCCAAGCCUUACAAGCUGGUUUGCAAAUCUCAACCAUACCUAAAUCAGAAAUGCCAACAAAUGGACCGUCCAUAGACGCAGGAGGAGGAGCUCCACAGAUCCUGUCCACGGCGGUGCUGAGCUUGGGGUCGGGCAUAAGCCAGUGCGGUUACAGCAGCACCAUUGUCCACGUCCCACCAGAGACAGCCAGGGAUGCCACCCUCGUCUGUGAGCCCUGGACUCUGAACAUGCAGCCAGCCCCUUUGACCUCAGAAGAAUUUAAACAUGUGGGGCUCACAGCGGCUGUUCUGUCAGCCCACACCCAGAAGGAAGAACAGAAUUAUGUUGAUAAAUUCCGAGAAAAGAUCCUGUCAUCCCCCUACAGCUCCUAUCUUCAGCAAGAAAGCAGAAGCAAAGCUAAAUAUUCAUAUUUUCAAGGAGAUUAUACUUCCAAGCAGACGCAGUUGGCCGGCUGCAGGAAAGGGAAGCACAAACGGAAGAAGCUGCCAGAGCCACCGGACACCAGCAGCUCGAACGCGGGCUCUGGUCCCCACAGGGGAGUGCGUCAAAACGCACAGCCCUGCUGCCCCUCCACGGCCUCCUCUCCGCACACCUUGGGCCCAACCUUCCCACCUGCUGCCAUGGUGCCCAGCCAGGCCCCUUACCUCGUCCCAGCUUUUCCCCUCCCAGCUGCGACCUGUCCCGGAAGAGAAUACGCAGCCCCCGGAACUGUACCGGAAGGCCUGCAUGGGCCGCCAUUGUCCAAGGACCUGCAGCCUUACCCAGCUUUCCCUUCUCCUUACUUGGAUACUUUUAUGACCGUUUUCCUGCCUGACCCCCCUGUCUGCCCUCUGUUGUCACCAUCGUUCUUUCCAUGUCCAUUCCUGGGGGCGACAGCCUCUUCUGCGAUAUCACCCUCGAUGUCAGCAAUGACUCCAACCCUGGACCCACCUGCUUCAGUAACCAACCAAAGGAGAGAGGAGGAAAAGUGGGAGGCACAAAGCGAGGGGCACCCGUUCAUUACUUCGAGGAGCAGCUCACCCUUGCAGUUAAACUUACUUCAGGAAGAGAUGCCCAGACGCUCUGAAUCUCCAGAUCAGAUGAGAAGGAACACGUGCCCACAAGCUGAGUAUCAGUGUGUUGCAGGCAACAGUAGCAGUGAGAGCAGUCCUGCCACUACCGGUGCACUGUCCAUGGGGUCACCUCCCAGGGAGAAUCCAUCCCAUCCUACUGCCGGCACACUGUCCAUGGGGUCGCCUCCCAGCGGGACUCCAUCCUAUCCUACUGCCAGCGUUCUGUCCACGGGGUCACCUCCCUGCGAAUCUCUGUCCGGAACUGGUUCUGCAGCAUCAGGAAGCAGCGACAGCAGUAUAUACUUUACUAGUAGUGUUUAUUCUAAAAUCUCCCAAAAUGGGCAGCAAUCUCAGGAUGUACAGAAACAAGAAACAUUUCCUAAUGUCGCUGAAGAGUCCAUCUGGAGAAUGAUACGGCAGACACCUGAGUGUGUUCUCAUGACAUAUCAGGUACCUGAGAGGGUUAAAGAAGUUGUACUAAAAGAAGACCUAGAAAAGUUAGAAAAUAUGAGGCAACAGCAGCCCCAGUUUUCUCAUGGGCAAAAGGAGGAGCUGGCCAAGGUGUAUAAUUGGAUUCAAAGCCAGACUGUCCCUCAAGAAAUCAACAUUCAAGCCUGUGUCACUUGCGAAAAUGAAGAUUCAGCUGAUGGUGCGGCCACAUCCUGCGGUCAGGCUCUGGCAGAAGGGCAGCUGAGUGACUGUGAGGAUGAGCCUUCAUACCCUUUCUAAGACACGUUACACAUACAGACCUUUUUAAGUCCUGGACUUUUAAAUGACCAUGAAGUUAUCGUUGAAUGUUAAGAUUUUUUCUUCUUGAUUUUUUAAUACACAUAAUCUUUUUGAAGCAGACAUUGUAUACAAAAUCUUACUUCUCUUUGUUCCUGAUACAUUAAAAUGGCCAGUUAGGCUCUUUUUGUAGUUGAAUUGUCUGCUAAAGAGAUUGGAUGGCCUCUAAAGAGGUAUGUGUAUCUUUAUUUCAGAUGUCACCCAGAGUAAAUUAUAAUUAGAAGUAGAGCUAGAAUGAGCCCCAAACCUUAGCCUAAUUUAUUUUGUUCUGUUACGUAAGUCGUUUUCCCCUUAGAGUGCUUGAAGAAAUCCCACCUAUAGAUUGUGUACUUUUCAUAAUGGUUUCCAUGAAUGCAGUACAUUCAUUUAGGCUUCAUUCAACCUGGCGUUCCCCUCCAUAAUUAAGAUAAAACAUUCCGGUUUUCUCACAACACAUUAGCACAUAUUGUCCAUUAGCAUAUCUGGGAUAAGCAGGUUUUGGGGGUUGAGUUUUGGCCUUCAUCCUUGUAGAUCCCUUUCCUGUUGAUUUCCCACCUUCCAGUGAAAUUCUGAAAGCCUUAUCUUAAAAAUCGAUCCGCUUACCAUGGGCCAAUUCUUGUGAGAGUUUCCAUUAGCAUUUGCAUGUGUAAUGUUGAAAGAGCUUCUUACUCA